CCUUAGAUCUACUCAAUUCAUAACUACUUGAGUAGUUCAAGUUGUGUUCUAGGGAAAUAUAUUAUUAGUAGUUCGAUGUUCCCGUCUUUUAGUGAUUAAAUAUGAACUGUGAUGAAAAUUCUGACAUGAAAUGAAUGUUGCUGUGACAAUGAGUGAUUCAUGUGUUGGGGAUCUCCUAAGACAUUAUUUUUAAAGGAUAUUGUGGAUGUUAUGAAUGAAAUGUUGUUCGAAAAGUGUUGAGUGUGUAUUUAGAGUUUUAAAAUGGCACAAUCAAAUCCAUCCGCUUUGGGGCUUCCCAAUGGUGGUGUUCAGGAUAUGACAUGGCUUUCCAUCCUGAACGAAGAUGUGAUCAAUGGAAAUUUGAAAUUGAGAUAUGAAAAAGAUGAAAUUUAUACAUUCACAGGAUCCAUAUUAGUUGCAGUUAAUCCCUAUAAAGAACUAGACAUUUAUUCUCAGAACUUCGUGAACAAAUAUAGAGGCAGAAAAAUAGGAACACAAGAACCACAUGUCUUUGCAUUAGCCGAAGCUUCUUAUGCAUCCCUUCAAUCUGAUAACCCUAAUGGAUUCCGCAAGAACCAAAGUUUAGUUAUAAGUGGAGAGAGUGGUGCUGGUAAGACUGAAACCACAAGAUUCAUUUUGCAGUAUUUGUGUUCAGUUACUAGUCAGGUGUCAACAUGGGUUGAACAACAGAUUUUAGAGGCUAAUACCAUUUUGGAAGCAUUCGGAAAUGCAAAAACUGUGAGAAAUGAUAAUUCCAGUAGGUUUGGCAAAUUCAUGCAACUAUGCUUUGAUUCAAAAUGGAUGAUUGCCGGUUGUAUAGUUCAAGAUUAUUUAUUAGAACAAACUAGAAUAACUUUUCAAGGACCAGGUGAAAGAAAUUACCACGUAUUUUAUAUGCUAGUAGAUGCUGCAAAGAGAAAUAACGACCUAGCAACUAAUUUGCACCUAAAAGAUGCCAGUUUUUAUAAUUAUUUGAACCAGUCUGAUUGCAUCAAGAUUGAGGAUGAGGAAAGAACCUUGGAUAGGCUUAUGUUAGCCUUCAAUGUCCUUCAAGUUCCUGGAAACAUGUGCAAUGGGAUCUUCCAGACAUUAAGUGCAAUAUUAUGGCUAGGAAAUUUGACUUUUGAAGAUAUAGACGGAGAAAAAUGUAGAUUGACCAGUCAAGAUGAAGAAAUCAUAAAUAUCCUUUCAGUAUUAUUGAGUUUGGAAAAAGAGGAUUUAAGACAAGUUGUAUUGAUUAGACAAAUCAACGUAAGGGGCAACAUAACUGAAAUACCCCUUAAGUUACAAGAGGCUAUAGAAAAUAGGCAUGCAAUGGCUAAGGCUCUAUAUUCAAGAACAUUUGCAUGGCUAAUAAAUCAUAUUAAUACUUGUACAAACCCUGGACAAGAUUCCUCAAGAUUUUUAGGUGUAUUAGAUAUAUUUGGUUUUGAAAAUUUCGCAGUGAAUUCAUUCGAACAGCUCUGCAUAAAUUAUACAAAUGAGAAGCUACACAAAUUUUUCAAUCAUUACGUUUUUGCCUUAGAACAAGAAAUUUAUAAAGAAGAAUGUAUAAUGUUCAAUCAUAUAGAUUUUAAAGAUAACAGUGCUUGUUUGGAAUUACUCGAAAAACCACCUCGUUGUGUGCUCCGUCUUUUAACUGAGCAGUGCCAUUUACCUAAAGGUUGUGAUGCUUCAUAUAUUCAUACACUACACAGUGAGUUUGAGAGUCAUGAAAGAUAUGUCAAAGGUGACGAUAAGAGAAGAUGGGAGAGAGAAUUUGGUAUCAAGCAUUACGCAGGCUGUGUUACUUACCAUGUGAAAGGUUUUGUCGAUAAAAAUAGAGAUGUUCAGCAAGAUGUAUUUUUUGACAUCAUAUCUAGGAGUAAUAACGAGUUUUUGCAAGUUCUUUCAACAUAUCAAGAUCCUUCGAACUCCUUAGCUGCUAAAAAUGUAGCAAAUGGCAUAUCCACAGUUUCAAGAGGAACUUGUAAAGGAAAACCCACAGUUUGUGAUACAUUCCGAUUCCAAUUACAAUCUCUAGUAGAUGUUUUACAAUCAACCACACCUUGGUAUGUCAGGUGUAUAAAACCUAAUUCUGAAAAAGUACCAAAUAAAUACGAUAACAAAUUAGUAUUAGAUCAAUUGAAAUAUUUAGGUAUGCUCGAUAUAAUAAGAAUCAGGAAAGAUGGAUUCCCUGUUCAUAUGAGUUUUGGAGAAUUUGUUGAUAGGUAUCACUGUAUAGCUAGUAGUAGAUUACCAACUGAUGCACAAAAGGCCUGUCAUAUACUUCUAUCUAGUCACAAUUUACAAGAUACAAAUUGGCAGUUAGGAAAAACCAAAGUAUUUUUAAGAUCUCACGUUCAUGAAACUUUAGAAGAUAAAAGGUUCAAUAUCUUAUUCUCACGAGCUGUACUAAUUCAAAAAACAUACCGAGGCUAUGUAGCUAGAAAGUCGUAUUUGAGAAUAAGAAACGCAGUGUUGAGAAUUCAGCAUUCCUACCGAGGCUGGCAGUUGAGAAUUGAAUUCUUGAGAAAACGUAGAGCUGUUAUAGUCAUCCAAAGUCACUUACGUGGGGUAUUUGCGAGAGAAGUUGCGUCUGCACUGAAAGAAAUGAAGAGAGUAGACGAGGAAAUGAAGAAAAGAGAAAGACUAGAAGAGGAGCGCAGACUAAGGGAAGCAAAAGAGGCUGAAGAAGCUCUCAAGAGAGAACAAGAGAAAGAAUCUAAUGAAAAAGAACAGGAUAUAGAGGAAGAUAGGGGAUCAUAUAAAGACUUACAGGAAAGUGAAAAAGCUGCUGAACAAGAAAUAGCUGCCCUUUCACACAUUGCGCAACAACUCAAGCCAAAGCUUGUAGAGACCGUUACGGAAUCUGUGGACCUAGACAACUUAUUCGCUUUCUUGUCAGAUGUACAACCUAAUAGGAAUCACAUAAUAGACGAAAUUGGUGAAAAAAUGAACGAACUUGUUGAAGAUCUCGAUGUUGAACUGGAAACUGUUAUACAGCAAGAACUGGAGGGAUUAAGUCAGGAACUGCCCCAACCUACUCCACCUCGUUUAGGACAUCCUACCCUACCUGAGCCUUCUGGACCUCCUCCACCACCUCCUUGUCCUCCUCCUGUCAUGACGACUAUUGUGGAGAGUCCCGUUGAAGAAAGCAAGGACAAGAAUGAGGGUGAACAUAUCUAUGAAGCUGUUUUGCCAAGAGAGGUGCCUGUGCCAAUUUCUCCACCACCAUUACCUGCACCACCUAAGUUGCCCUCUGAGUCUCCAAAAUCAACCCCUCACAUGUCUAGGUCGAACAGCACAAUUAUUUCCUCAAGGCCCCAAUCUUGGCGAUACCCAUCAGAAUCCGAACAACCAUUCAAUGUGGAAAGAGAACAAAGAAGGAAACUCAGAGUCGAAAAGAAACUACAAGAAUUCGCCGAAAAUCAUGAAAAAGACAAUCAUAUAGAAGAUCAAUUCUUCGAUCUAGUCGAUUUUGCUAAAGCCCAUUUCAAUGCUCACGAGAGGAGUCCCGAGGGUACCAUAAUAGCUACGUUGACAAGAAAGAGACCAAGUUGUGAGAUGAUUCCAGUUGAAGACAUGGUGACUUUCUAUAAGGGAACCACUAUUCCUUGUUCACAUAUUCAUAUGUACGAUCCAGACAACAUCAAUAUAGCUUGUACGAUAUUCAGGGACCUCGCAAGAUAUUUACGUGGGGAAUUGAGUGCUGAAAAAGAACUGCAAGCUAUUCAAUCAAUGAUAGGACAUGCAGUAGAGAGGGAGGAAUUGAGAGAUGAAGUGUUGGUUCAGCUGAUGCGUCAAGCUACCAACAAUCCAAGCAUGGAAUCUACAGAGAAGAUUUGGCUAGUAUUAUGCCUUUGUGUUGUAUCGUUCAAACCGUCCAAGUUAUUAUCAAAAUAUUUCAUAUCGUUCUUGAAAAAGAACGCAAUGCAGGACGGAAAGAUAUCUCAAUAUGUGCAGUGGUGUCUGGACAAUUGCAACAACAUAAAAGUAACAGUCAGGGAACUUCCACCGUCAUCUGUUGAAGUUGCGGCUAUGAAAAGAUUGGGAACUAUAGUUUGUAGAUUCUUUUUUUUGGAUGGAAGAACUAAAGCUAUUGAUGUACAUCCAACAGACACAGCCGGAGAAGCUGCUAGAAAAUUGGCAGAGAGGUUAGGUUUGAAGAAUUUGGAUGGAUGGGCAAUUUACCAGAGUACUUCUGAAGGGGAGGAGCAUGUACGACACCAUCAUUAUCUAUAUGAUGUUAUAGCUAAGUGGGAAAUGAUGCAGCAGAAAGCGACAGCCCCAUCUGGCUUGUCUACAUUAGGAAGGAGAAGUACAAACUCUGGGCUAGGUGGUGGAGAGAAUAGAUUCAUCUUCAAAAAGAGGCUAUUCAGGUCCAAUAGAGAACUUAGUCAAGAUCCUGUUGAGGUUAAUUUGUUAUAUGCCCAAGCUGUACAUAGUGUUGUUAAAUGUGAUGAUUUCCCUGUAACAGAAAAGGUUGCUCUGCAGUUAGCUGGGCUACAGGCACAAGUAGCCCUGGGUAAUCCUAAAGAUAACAGUAAAUUAGAAUAUUACACCGAUAUCGACACAUUCUUACCUUAUAGAAUCAGUAGGACUAGAGGUGCUGACGUUUGGGUACCCAUUAUUGCUCAAGCACACAAACAGUACGGUUCGAAUAGGUCAGAACUCACUGCCAAGGCACUAUAUCUUUCUUGCGUAAUGCAGUAUCCACUAUAUGGCACUACAAUGUUCCCAGUUACUUAUAAAGGUUAUUGGCUGCACAAUAACAAUCUCAUACUGGGUAUCAACUGUGAUGGAAUUAUGCUCAUUAAAAAAGAUGAUAAAUUUGUAUUACACGAUUAUCAUUACCAAGAGAUCGAAAGUAUUAUGUUGGAUCCAAGCGACAGUUUUAUAACGAUAACACUACAAAGGCACCUGAAUGACAGCAAUCACAGAUGUUUUGUUUUUGAAACUAAACAGAAAAACGAGAUCGGUUCCCUUAUUGCAAGUUAUUAUCCAAAUUUAGCUGGAUGGAUUAUCGAGAAUGAUCAACCGACCAAGAAAAUGAAAGCCAUUACGAAUGAAGAUAGAAUUCGAAUUCAUCACAACUUGGUGAACUGCCGAAGAGCCAUGAUUGACCAUGAUAUGCUUCGUAAACCAGUAGAAUCGGGAAGUAGUUUCUUGAAAAAUACUUUACGUCGACUGAGCAAGAACAAGCUUGAUAAGUUGAGACAGGAACAUGGUGGUGAUACGAAUGAAACAUACAAGGGUUUCCAUUAUGGUUUCUGGGCGUUUACCAGGCAAAUGCUUCCUCAGAGUAUAAGCAGAUUACCGGAACCCGAGGAACAAAUUAUGCUUCAGGUGUUUCAAAUCAUGUUAACCUACGCGGGACUUGGUCAAAAUGGUGAAUCCAUAAAACGAAUAGAAGACGAGCAUGUGAGUCUACUCCAAACGAUACUAGACAGGUGCAUGAGAAAGGACUCUCUUCUCUGCGAGUUGUUCUUGCAACUCAUCAAACAAACUACAGACCAUCCGGAUCCAAACUCUCGAGUGAACUUACGCCAUUGGGCGUUACUUUGCCUAGCCUGCUCAGUUAUUCUGCCACCUAACAAAGCUGUCAGACGUUACCUCAUUGCUCACUUGAAAAAAUGCAGCGCAGAUCACGUCACCGAGGAGGGAAAAUACGCGCGAUUUGCAGAAAAGUGUCUGCUCAAAACACAGGGAACGCGAAGGAGACAAUGGCCCCCUUCCAAAGAGGAGAUUCUGUGCACCAUCAAUCGGAGACCUGUUUAUGCCCGGUUUCAUUUCAUGGACGGGCAGUACCAUUCGGUGGAGUUCCAUCCAUCUUCUACGGCCAAAGAUGUCUUAGAGAUCGUCAAGGACAAAGUGGGACUUCAAGGAGAUGCCAGAGGUUAUGCCAUCUAUGAAGUUCUCGGAAAUUCAGAGAGAAGUUUAGCGGGUGAAGAAAAGGUAACUGAUGUCAUGGCUAAAUGGGAGAGGUAUAGGGCCGCUUCUGCUGCUAACACCUUACCCAAUGCACCAGGCUCAAAACGUGUACGGCCACAGCACCACUUCUUCUUAUUCAAGAAACACCUGUUUUUGGACCAGUUUAUCAAUUUGAACGAUCCUGUCGAAAAAGAACUUUUGUAUCAUCAAGUACUGCAUGACCUGAGGACGGACAGAUUCCCCAUCACUGAUAAAGAAGCUAUGAUGCUCACAGCUCUUCAAGCACAACUUGAACUCGGCGAUUUGGAAGAUAUUCUUCAUGACUACAGAAGGAUAGCUGCGCACUGUUUACCUGCCAGACUUGUGCCAUCACUACCGCAAGAAGGUGUUACUAUGCAUCAUCAGUCUCUGAAGGGAAUGACUUCAGCGGAAGCAAAACAAGCAUUUUUGAAUUUAAUUCAGAGUUGGCCUCUGCACAAAGCAACAAUAUUCGACGUAAUGCAAUCUUUCACGUCAAAUUGGCCAAGGGUAUUGUGGCUUGCAGUGGAUCAAGCCGGUCUUCAUCUAUUGGAACACAGAUCUCGAAACACUCUAUGCACCUACGAGUACACUACUAUUUUGAGCUACUCGCCUGCACUUAAUUGUCUGAUGAUUAUAACUGGAAGUGACAGGAAACAGAGUAAAGUUAUAUUAACAACUUCUCAAGCAUUCCAGAUAGCCACCCUUAUCAGGGAAUAUAUGAGUGAAUUGUACGGAGAAAGUAUAGAGACUAAAACAGCACCUACUGUCGAUAGGAAUGGCAGUAGGCCGACAAGCUGCCUACGGUCAAGUAUGACAUUGAUACCGCAUCAGCCUAGCUAGAAAAGGGUUACUUUCGCAGAUCAGGUAUUCGCCAAUAAUUAUUGAUUCUUGGAUACAGGGACACUGAUUAGAAGGAGAUUGUAGUGUAAGAAAUUAUCAUCACUUCAGUUAUGUUUAUGAUUGUAAUUAAAUGAAUAUAGAAGCUUCAAACUUUUAACAGUUCUCAUAGAGGCCUGGGAGAAUCAAGAUAGAAAACAUUGAACUUUGUAAGUACCUACAAUAUUUCAAGUAUUUCAACAAGUAUGGUCGUCAAUACGUCUCUCUAAAUAUAUUUUCAUUUUUUAAAAAAGUUUUAAAAUAUUUCCUUUAUGUCGUUUAUUCUUGAUACGCCCAUUUGGCAUUAUAUAACUUAAAAUUGAUUUUUAAUUAAACUUAUAUAUUUUAAUGAAAUCUUUAACUAAAAAGAUUAAGAUUAUUAAAUUUAUUACAAAAACUAAUUUAUAACACAUGUAUUCACUCAAGAAGUAUUUGUUUCAUUUAUCAAAAGAUUAGCAAAAUUUUGAUUCAAGUGUAGAAAUAACCAUUUUGAUUAUAGUUUCUUAAAUUACUAUCGACUCAGUGUAACAUUUGAGGUCUGUAUCUGCAGAAUAAUAAUUUUAGAGUGAAAAAUGAGUAUAACCCAUGAGAAAAAAUGUAUAUUUCAGGUGAAUUUCUUAAGAAUUUUCUCGUUUGAGAUACUCAUUGUGAUCUGCGAAACGUGCAUUUGCUUUAUAUACCAAAUAGUUAAAAUAAGUAUAAUGAUAUAUUGAAAGUUAUAAAAAAUAUUGAUAUUUAGUAUUAAAUUUUGGAUAGUUGAAAAAUAGACUGAAAUGAAGGUGAAUUUUAUGAAAAUGUCCAGUGAUCAAAGUUAGACAGAUUUAAGACUUACCUAAGGAAAAAAGAAAAUAGAUAAUAUCCAUAUAUCUAAUAACCAAGCUUAAUAUUCAACUAUUUCCAAACUAGAAUAAUGACAGAAAUUGAUGUUACAUUGUACAGAUUAUUAAAUUCCCAUCUAAGGAUUGUACAAUAUAUUUGUUGAGAUCAAAUCAUAUGCAUAAGUUGUAAUGUUUUUUUUUUUUCAAUUAAUUGCUUUCUGUCUUUUUAGAUAGCAGUGGUUUACUAGUCAUUUUUAUGCUGUGUGAACUCUGUCAUUUUGAAAAUGAAUUUCAUAUUCAUAACAGAACGCACAUACAUUAUUCUUUUAGUAGUAAUUGAUAUUCUGAUUGUGAUAUUCUUUUUUAAUUUUAUAUCAACAUUUACUUUACCUCUUAUUAUUGUAUUCAUUAUUGUGUUGAAUAAAGUCACUUAUUCAAUU